GUCGUGUCGUCCGGUUUCACAGGGCAAAGCAGAUAAAAAGGACCUGACCAUCGAAGCAGGAUUGCAAGAUGGAGAGCAUCCACACCUAUUGGCAAUUGGGUGAUGAGCUUCGUGGACAGUCGAAAGUUGCAGAGGAUCACAAAUGGUUAAUGGCUGCUUCCAAAUUGGCUGAGCAAACGAGGUCAAAAGGAGAGCGCAUGAAUAACCUUGAUCUUUCAAAGGGCCCAGCUGAAACAAGAGCAAGGGACAAAUUCGGUUUCCAGGAAGAUAACAAAUUCGAGAGCCUUAACUUUAACAUGUUGAACUUGGACUCAAAAGUAAAUGAAAAUUUGAGCAAGAGUUCCAUUAGGAAUGGGAUUUACAACAUGAAUGCAGUUUACCAGAAAAACAGUGCAAGCUUUGUGGGAAAUAUGACUGGUAACAAGUAUGGUGUCAAUAAUCUCAGCAACAAGGAAACCAACAACAUCAGUAACAACAACAACAACAACGAGGCUGGGAAUGUUGUUGAGAAAAGGUUCAAGACCUUGCCUGCAACUGAGACACUUCCCCGAAAUGAGGUGCUUGGAGGCUACAUCUUUGUAUGCAACAAUGACACAAUGCAGGAAGAUUUGAAGCGACAACUAUUCGGUUUACCUCCAAGGUACAGGGAUUCUGUUCGGGCAAUCACACCCGGCUUGCCUCUGUUUCUCUACAAUUACACAACACACCAACUGCAUGGCAUUUUUGAGGCAUCAAGCUUUGGUGGUUCAAACAUUGAUCCAACUGCAUGGGAAGACAAGAAAUGUAAAGGGGAGUCAAGGUUUCCUGCGCAGGUGAGGAUCCGUGUUAGAAAAAUCUGCAAGGCUCUGGAAGAAGAUUCCUUCAGGCCAGUCCUGCAUCACUAUGAUGGUCCAAAGUUCCGUCUUGAGUUGUCAGUUCCUGAGACCCUGGAUCUAUUGGACCUAUGUGAGCAAGCCGGCUCUGCAGCAUAAGCUAAAUGUUGGCCGGUAUGUGGAUGUAGCAGGUUCUAUGGUGUAUGUCAGCUGUGUGCUUUUUGACAGAUUUUCCAUGGAGCGCAAGCUUGGGGGUGAAGUCUGGUUUUUUUUUUUUAUAAUUUUAUUAAUCUUGUUAAGUUAAGUAGUAGCGUGAGUGAGCCUGCUGAAUAAAUGGGUGUCUCGUAGAGAUGCUUAUUUAAGUAGUUGUACAACCUUUGUUAGCAUUUGAUGAUGAUGAUAAAAACAAAUCGGCCGGAUGUAAAAGAGAAUGCCAGCUGUGUAAUGUAAUGAUGCGUCUCUAAUUUGUGCCCUAUGAACUGGAGUCUGGGAUGUCAUCUGUUAUUGGUUUGGUAAAGAUGGGAGAGAAUCUACCAUAUAAA